ACAAUAUGGAGGUUUCACCGACUCAGGCCAUUAUAGAACGACAAAACAUGGAUGUUGAUUCGAAUUCACAGUCAGUUCGUAUCAGAGAUUUACCAGAGGAAAUUUUAGAAUAUGUACUUAGAUAUUUAUCUCCGUAUAGGGAUUUAAAAUCCGCGAUGUUGGUGUGCCACCAAUGGCAUCGUCUUGUUCAAGGUGUGCUGCAUCAAAUCUACAUGGACUUUCUUCACAGUCUAUGGGACAGUAAAAUAAGCUGGACAGAAAUACUGCCAGAAGUUGGCUCCAAUAUUACCGAGCGCUAUUCUCACUGUGCUUGUUACUAUGACAAAUCUGCCUACAUUUUUGGUGGCUGUACUUCAACAAAUACAACCUUCAAUGACCUUUGGAGAUUUGACCUUUCCACAAGACAGUGGGUUAGGCCACUAGCCAUAGGAACCUAUCCAUCACCAAAGGCAUGUUCCAGCAUGACAGUAUAUAAGGACAGUCUAGUUCUAUUCGGCGGCUGGAGUCACCCUACUCCUUAUCCCUUACAUCAGGCUGCACGUUUUUUCUCUGAGCUACACAUGUACAAACCAGAGACAAACAGAUGGUAUCACAUCACCACCAUGUCCCCAACCAGUCCAAAGCCAACAGCGGGGCACUCUGCGUCUGUAGUCGGUGAUACUAUGGUGGUGUUUGGAGGUUCACAUAUUCCUGGAGCUGGAACAAAUGAAGUGUGGGUGUUUGAUUUCAAUGAAAUGCUAUGGAAAAAGAAACAGAUAGGAAAUAAAAAGCCAAGUCCAAGAUACGGACAGACACAGAUGACAAUAGAUGAUUCACAUAUUCUAAUCAUCGGAGGAUGUGGUGGGCCCAACCAGAUCUUCAGUGAUGUCUGGCUUCUCUCCCUUGACUCCGAACCUUGGCAGUGGCAGGAAGUUCGCGUAUUACACCCAGAAAAUGCUGCACCUCAACUCUGGUGUCACCCAGCUUGCAAGGUUGGAGACAUGAUAGUGGUCCUAAGUAAACCCAGCAAACCUCUGCAGUCUUCCUCCUCCAAGGAUAACAGCCGUGAAAAUCAAGCCACCAUGCGGCCCACUUUCAGUGGAAACCGUGUAUGGGUUCCCCCAAGAGGAGAUAAUUCACAAGACUCGCCCUCAGAAAAUCGAAAUAGGGCACAUCCUAUGCUUGUGUCAGACAGUGAUGAUAGUUCUGGAGCAGAAAGUGAGGAUAAUAUGCCAGGUCAGGGAGGUCAAAGGCCAGAGUUCAAACAUCCUUCAUAUUUACAGCUAAGGUCAUCAAGGUCAAGAGGUCAUAUGAAUCAGUCUCCUAGAGGAAGAGGAGGUCACUUGUCACCCAACAGACUUCAAGGUCAAGGACCUUUUGCUGCUGGUAUGAUAGGAGAUGCCCCGGAACUUCCAUCUGAAGAAGGGGCUUGUGGAGGAACAUCUAGCCUUAGGCCAGGGGUGCCUUCCGUGCGACCAAAUGCCAUGAAAAAUAGACAAAGACAGUUAGAGGCAUUGAGAAAGUUUGAGGAAAAGUUGCGAGAGAGUCGUAUUGUACAGUCCACUUCAUCAGGCAGAGGACAAGGCAAUGUUGUAGGUGGAGGCACUACUGGAAGUUGCCGUGAAAACCGUGUGACCAUGCAUUUACAUGUUUUAGAUAUAAGUGAGGUGAUUAAGACCAAUACUGCUACCUGGAGACCAAUCAAUGAAAACAUAUCCUUAAACGCUCCAGAGGAAACAAUAUUCUACUCACUGGUGGAAGGUCGUGGAGAACUGAUUGUGUUUGGUGGGAUUCAGCGUGAUAUUCAGUCCAUGCAGCGUGGUAUGGACGUUAAGCCACAAGUUGUUAGCAACAGUCUGUAUAUCGUGUCUCCUCGUAAACAGUAUUUAUAGCAAGGGGAAGAGUGUGUCACCUUACAAACUUUACAGCUAGAUCACAGAGCUGUGAUACUGCCUGUAUUUAUGGCCAAAUCUACAGAGUAUCAUACAGUAAAAGAUAUCAGCAACUGACAGCAUAUCUACUAAGCAUUCAGACAUCAUAAUAUACUAUAUUAAAGGAUUAUCACAAUUUCUUAUUCUAAAUUUUACAGCAAAGUUAUUCUUCAGCCAUGAAGAAAAAUGUGACAACUAUUCAUGAAGACAUUGUGAUAAGAAAUAAUCCUAUUUUGUUGCAUUAUUGUUUUGUGUGUCAUAUUGAGUACCAAUGAAAUUGGUUAUGUUAAAAAUCUAUUGUGUUAAGUGAUUUUCUGCAAUACAUGUAAUCCUUGCUUGAUAAGGCUUAGCUGAUCUGAUCUGAAUCUACAUCAAAGCUUGAUUUCCAUGCACAAGUGUGAAUCACUUAUCAGUAAAAGGGUAAUGGUCUACAAUACCCCUCAGAUCUUACUGGUCUUUUUCCCUUUCUUUUCCAUCAGGGAAUAUUACCCCAUAUAAUUGUUAGGUACGAUAAAGAAAAGCAAACUUAAAUGAGAUUCACUAAAUUAAAUUUGAUGCCUUCAACAAUAAAUUAAAAUUUCUUUUUGAUAGAGUGCAUAUAUAUUCCUGACUCAAUAACAACAAUUGUUAAAUCUUAACAGUAAGUCAUUCUGCAGCAUCUAUGAUUUUAUGAUGUACUUGUAAUAUAAUGGUAAUUUGAACAGAAUGCAGCUAUUGAUACUGUAACAUGCACCACAGGGAUCCACACUGAAGAGAAAUCCUUUCAUUAGUUCUUCAGAAAUAGCAGUAACAAAGCUAAAAUAUCAAAUUUCAAAAUGGCCAAUGCCAUUCAUCUUGAAAUUAAAAUGAAGUUUGAAAUUUUUUGCACAACUAAGGAUACAUAUAGGUAAACAUGAAGGAGACUACUGCUGUGUAUGUGUAUUAUGUCCACAUUGAUACAGCCAUGUAUAAAAUGUAAACUUUAUUCAUUUUACAACAAUUGUGAAACAAGUUAUCAGCUAAUAUUAAACACUCUUGAUGGCCGUGAUGGUUGCAUAUCUUACUGUGGGAGGAAACCAAAGUACCUGUGAAAGCCUACGUGGUCAGGCAGGUGACUCCAUACCUUUUCAUAUCCAUCCCAUGAAUCAAACCCUGGACAGCUAGGUGAGAGGCGAGUGCACUACCACUGCGCCUCCCGACCAUCCCUAAUGAUGACUCUAGUCCUGGGGCGAUAUGUUUCAUAGCUUAUCUGAAUGUAAACUGGGAAUGCAAGUUUGAAAGAAAACAACAUUUAAAUAUUUUCCUUAAUGGGAGUUAGAGAAACCAGUCCCUUUGUGGUAAGUCUAGAUCUUAUUCCAAAAGUAUUUAAUAUUUAAUUUAAAUUAAUCUAGUAUACAUGUAAGUGACCUUUUUACUAUCAUAUUUUUAUUUUGAAAAUUAUACUAUAAAAUUGUUAUGAGAUGAAUACUGAGCAAAACAUUGACAAUGCUACACAUUAUAUGGUACAAGUUUACUUAAUAUCUAAUGGUUAGUUUAGGAGUACAUGCUGUGCAUCGCUUUAAUGCAUCACUUUAAAGAAUGUUAUGUAUCAAUUUAUAAACAGGCUGACCUAAAAAAUCAACAAGGCAAAAAAUGUUGAUCAUUGCUAACAUCAGAAGUCGUGUAGGCAUUUUGUGAUCUUAGUUUCUAUAUUCUAUAAUUUUGUGACAAAUUAAGCCUAACUGCUAUUAGGGAAGAUUAUAACAUCCAAUAACUUUAGAAAAUAACUUUUAGCAGAUUUUAGACAUUUUCCAUUGUUUUUUCAGUCGAGUUCUGUAUGAAUUUACUUAGAUUUUUUCUUUUCCAAUAAAUUUGAUUUUUUAUAAGUGGAAGAUCUGCUGCAUUCUGAUUAUAUCUUUAUUUAUUGACAUUUUGUGGAGGCUCAUUAGUCCACUAAGUAUGUUUCUAGUUUGACAUCCAAAUACACUGCAUGUAAAACCCAGCUAUUAUAGUCAAUUACAACAAGGAUAACAAGGUCCCAGUGUCCAAAUAUACAUCUAAUUCAUUUAUUUUGUUACUUUUUGUUCUGUACUUGCCUUUAAGAAUGAAAAGUGACACUUUACAUUCAUAGUACAUUCCUAAU